CAUUUUUUGUCGAUGUUUAGGGGAAUUGAUUACCUUCUUUGUUACGUCAUAGUUUGUUUUGUUAGUAAUUUGAUCAAAACAAAAGUAGUUCAAAAUUGAAAACUCUUCUUCUUCUUGGCUGUUUUAAUGUCAUGAUGUUCAUUAGAUCUGGUUUGUCCUGGUUUACCUUUGGAAAACAAGCUACAAAUUGUUUUAAGCAAUGUGUAUUUAGCAGGUAUUUGUACACUGACUGUCAUUCCUGGCAGUUGAUGAAGCAAAAUCAUGGAUAUAAACUUUUGCAAUGUGGGAAAACAAACUCUUGCUAUGGUACUGGGAAACUAUUAAAUCAACUCAGCACAAGGAAAACAUUUGGAUUGUUUGAAUGUGCUAUUGGUCAACUUGGUAUGCAAAAAGGUUGCGAUCAACAUCACAGUAUUUUGCAGGUGGCGAGUUUUAGCACAAGUCAAAAGGAAACUGUUGUUCCCAGCCCAGCUGCUGCAAACAAGCAUUGGGGGCCAUAUCUUGUGCAUAAGAUUCACAAUUUGGAAGAAUCAUCUCGUUUCCAUGGUUAUUCGACAUUAAGGUGGGGUGUGUCAAUAAUCACAGUGACGCUGGUUACUAUUUAUGUUUUCCGAGAUCAGCUGAGAGACAAUGUUGCAGAUGAAGUUGCUGACGUUGCAUCUCGAUCAUUGGCUGAUGAGAAUGUGAUAUUGAAAGCACAUGACAUGACAAAGGGAGUUUUAAAAAGGCUUACAAGUGAAGAGGACACAACUAUAUUAGUCAGUGAAUUUCUUAAAACAGUGUUACAACAGAGUGAAGUGCAAAAUGUGGUAGUGUCAUUUGCAACAAAUGUUCUUAACCAUCCCCAAACUCAAGAGAAACUGAGAGAAGUUGUGAGGAAUACAUUGCAUAGCACCCUCAACAACACAGAAACUAAAGAUAUGCUACUAGGGUUUAUAAAAAGUUUAAUUGAAGACCCACAGACCAAGCAGACUUGCAACAUGUUCCUGCAGUCUUUGACGAAAGAUCCAGAUAUCCAGAAAAUGGUUUCAGAGUUUUUUAAAGGUGUAUUGGCGUCGCCCGCAUUUCAGAAAGAGGCCAUUAUGUUGGGACGAGAAGUUACUAACAAGAUUGUGCACGAUGAGGACUUACAAAGACAAACUGGUGAUGCUCUGUGGAAUGCAAUGAAGCAUGGUGUAACUCCUUACUGGUUUCGUGCCCAAAAAUAACCAGCUUUUAGGUCCAGU